UCCGGUUCUUUGGGCGAGUGUGUGUGUGUGUGUGUGUCACACUUUCAGCUGGCUAAUGUGUCAUGCUGCUCCCAGCAGAAUUUUAACCUGCGCACACACAUGAAACAUACGGACUAUAGCCUAACCACAAACACGAGGAACCAAUUGCUGUCGUUUCAGACGUCGUUCUGAACAUUUCGGAGCUUAUUUAGUGUUUACUUUAGCUAUUUGUGGAUAAGAUGGCGGAUGUGGCUCCGGCCGGCGUGGAGAAGAGUCUGGAUGACUUCUUCGCCAAGAGAGACAAGAAGAAAAAGAAGGAGAAGGGCAAAGGAAAGGAACCGGCGACCGGAGGAGCCCCGAUGGUCGUGAAAAAGACGAAAAGGGAGAAGGAGAAGUCGACAAAGAGUGAGAAUCAGGAUGCACAGACGGAGAAGGAGGAUGAGGAAUGGAAAGACUUUGAGCAGAAGGAGGUGGACUACAGUGGACUCCGACUCCAGGCUCUACAGAUGAGUGAUGAGAAAGAGGAGGAAGAGUAUGAGAAGGAGGAGGUGGGCGAGGAUGGGGAAAUCAUCCUUGUCAGUGGUGAUAAAGUUUCUGGACCCUGGAACAAAUCAGGCGCCCCUGCUUCAGCUGCUCCUGAAGUUGAAGUUGAGGUUCCUGAGCCUAAGGCACCUGGCGUAUAUCGUCCCCCAGGGGCCCGGUUAACAACUACUAAGAAAGGUCCAGCUCAAGGGCCUCCUGAGAUCUUUAACGACACCCAGUUCCCCUCUCUUCUCUCUACUGCCAGACACGUGGAGACUCGCAAGGACAGAGAGAUGGAGAAGACCUUCGAGGUGGUCAAGCAGAAGAGCCGGGUCAGAGAGGGUGAAGGCCAAGCCGCCAUGCAGCAGUUACAGUUAGAUAACCAGUAUGCCAUCCUGGGGGACAAAUAAAAGCCAUCUGCCCCCUUUCCCCCAAGCCUACCGCCAAUGGUAGAGUAAGACUCGCUGGGGGAAGAUGACCUGCAGAUGUCUGAUGCAGUCCUGACCGAGCUGGAGUCGCCUGUGCCCAUUAACACACUCGCACACAAUAUUAUUACAUACAAAAAUGCCAACAAUAGAUCCCCGUCGAAGCAACAGCCCACAAAUGAACAGAUUUUGACAGAUGCCCGCAUAUAGUCUUUGAAAUCUACUCAUACAUACACGGACUUUGCUGAAAAAGGCCCUCCCUUAUCAAAUGCAUUCAAACAUGCUGCAGCAACAGGAACUGACUGAUAUUUACAAUUCUGCUUUAUAUGACACUGCAUCUAACGAACAAGGCACCAAAUGUUUAUUACGGUGGAUUUCCUCAUGGGGUUGGUUGACUGGCAGAGCCAUUGGACAUCAGACAACUCUGAGAAAAUGAGAAAAGCCACUUUGAGGAUUUAGUUCAAGACAUUGGGUGAGGAUUGAAAAACAAAAACAAAACUGCUGUUGAGAGGUUUUUUCUUUUGUUAUAUCAGUUUCAGUAGUUACCAAGGUUUUUCUUUUUUUCUUUUACAUUGUGAUGAGAGAAAGCUGGGAAUUUUCAGUUUGGGCACUAGAGAGGGGAGACUACCUCAGUUUUAUAUCUGUGGUUACCAUGUCGACCAGGUCCUGGCUUCUGAUUGGCCACAGGGACGAACAUCAGUCCGGCCGAAGAGGAGCACUUAAUGUUUCACCAUAAACUUGAAAAUGUUUCUCCCCUUUCUGCGGGCGUUUUUGCAAGAUCUGUCAACAAGGCAUGAGAGGCUUAAAGUAUUCAAAUGUACUUUUUAAUGUGGCCUUACUGUUGAAAAAAAAUAUAAAAGUGAUGGAAGCGAUAGCUAUAUAUAUUUAAGAGAAUGAGUUAAACAAAAAUUGCUCUGGAAGACACUUCCUGGUCGUGUUGUAGGCAAAUGCCUGCUUUUUGAAUCUUACCACUUUGAGGAGUUAAAAACCACCUCCGCAUCCCUCUGCGAGAAUGUAGUUCUAAAAUGUAGUUUGUUGAAAUAUUGCAAAUAAUGUUCCUUGACAAUGUCCCUUUAAUGCUCUCCUCAUUUUAUUUGAAUCUAUUAUGAUUGGCAACCCAUUAUUAAAGCUUAACCUUUCUAAUCUCAUAUCAUGGUUUCUGAUUUGAUGUGUAUUUUUGCGAUUGUUUUUCUUGCUGUGGCCUGUAGAGGACGCUAUAGUGCUAUUCACAGUUAUUGCUGGGAUAUUGUUCCUUUAAAGUUUAGCUAGUGUAAUUCAUGCAUAGGUUGGUAUAUUAAAUGUGUUUUAGAGUGCAAAAUAGAACUCGGCAGAUUUCUAAUAAUAACAUUAUUCUGAGACUGUUUUUAAGAUGCGG